CACAAGUGGUGAAAUGUGCUUGCUGCUUAUGUAUUUAAAUGACGAUGAAUGUAGGGAUGGAUACCGUGUGAUCAUUGCAAACAAUCGAGAUGAGCGUUGGGAUAGACCAACAAAACAGCUGUCAUUCUGGACAGAUAAUGAAGAGUGUUUAAGUGGCCAGGAUUUGACAACAGGAAAAGAAAAGGGCACAUGGUUAGGAGUAUCAAAGAAAGGAAGGAUUGGAAUACUACUCAAUAUCUUAGGUGUGGGUGAUCGUGAAAAGAAAGGAAGAGGACAUUUAGUUAAUGAAUAUAUUUCAAGUCAGAAGGGUGGGCACGAAUACAUCAAUGAAACAAUAAAGACGUGCUCGAGCAAAUACAACUCAUUCAAUCUUAUACUGAUGAACCUCAGUUUUCCAAAGACAAAUGGUAUUUGUUGUUCCAAUGUGAAUGGCGUUAUAACUGAAUCAGAUAUUUCAAACGGUGUUUUCACGUGUGAUAAUUCAUCACCAGGCAAACCGUGGCAGAAGUCUAUUCAGAACAGAGAAAGAUUUGGCAAUAUUGUUAAGGAAUGUAAUCACAAAGAAAAGAAAGAUCAACUUGUUCAGGAACUAAUUUGUCUACUUACAGAUAGAACGACUUAUAACAGUGACCAGCAGUUAGCCACACAAGCUGCAAUGUCUAAUAUGGAAGAAGAUGUUAUUUUAGAGAGAAGUGCUACAUUUGUAUGGACACCUAAAUUGAGAUAUGGCACUAGAACUCAUUCCAUCAUUUUAGUUGACCGUUAG